GGCAGGGAGGCCGUGGCUUCCGGCCUGGGAUGGCGCUGUAGCCGCACGGUACCUGUGAGUGCAGCGCCGCGUGUGUAACGGCGGGGGCGUGUCGGCGGGAAGGGCACCAGGGCCGAGACUCGCGGUGUCCGGUGACCGCGGCUUCCCGGGAGCCAGCCUCUGUGAGCACUGUGAGGCGGAACGGAGCGGCAGGGCCGGAGCUGUUCUGGGUGGGCAGGCUCGUGGCUGAAGGACCUCCUUCUCAUCUUUCCCAGGGGCUGGAAGUUAAAACCCCGCCUUCAUCCCGCGUGGAGUCCACCCCCAGGCCCCCUCUCCUCUUCCCAAUCCUUCUCGCCUUCCAGGAGGCCAUGGAAACCCCGACGCCCUUGCCCCCCGUACCCACCUCCCCGAUCUGCAACCCAGCCCCACGGACAAUCCAGAUCGAGUUCCCACAGCAUAGCUCUUCGCUGCUCGAAUCUCUGAACCGCCACAGGCUAGAGGGAAAGUUCUGUGAUGUGUCCCUCCUGGUGCAGGGCCGGGAACUUAGAGCUCACAAAGCAGUGUUGGCUGCUGCUUCUCCUUACUUCCAUGACAAGCUGCUUCUGGGGGAUGCGCCUCGUCUCACUCUGCCGAGUGUCAUUGAAGCCGAUGCCUUCGAGGGGCUACUCCAGCUCAUUUAUUCAGGGCGUCUCCGCCUGCCACUGGAUGCUCUCCCUGCUCAUCUCCUUGUGGCCAGUGGCCUUCAAAUGUGGCAAGUAGUAGAUCAGUGCUCAGAGAUUCUUAGAGAAUUAGAAACUUCAGGUGGUGGAAUUUCAGCCCGUGGAGCAACCUCCUACCACGCACUUCUUUCCACUACGUCCUCUACAGGAGGCUGGUGCAUUCGCUCUUCCCCUUUCCAGACCCCAGUGCAGUCCUCUGCUUCCACUGAAAGCCCUGCUUCCACUGAGAGCCCUGUGGGAGGGGAGGGAAGUGAACUGGGAGAAGUGCUGCAAAUUCAGGUGGAAGAAGAAGAGGAGGAGGAGGAAGAAGAUGAGGAGGAGGACCAGGGGUCAGCCACGCUCACUCAGACUCCUCAGCCCCAGAGAGUAUCAGGGGUUUUUCCCCGUCCUCAUGGACCCCACCCACUGCCCAUGACUGCGACUCCUCGCAAGCUUCCAGAGGGUGAGAGCGCAUCACUUGAGCUUCCUGCCCCUCCUCCUGCACUACCCCCCAAAAUCUGCUACAUUAAGCAGGAACCCUUCGAGCCUAAGGAGGAGGUAUCAGGAGGUGGAACUCAGCCUGGAGGAGCAAAGGAAGAGACCAAAGUGUUUUCUGGAGGGGACACUGAAGGGAAUGGGGAGCUAGGGUUCUUGUUGCCUUCGGGGGCAGGGCCAACAUCUGGGGGAGGGGGGCCAUCCUGGAAACCAGUGGAUCUUCAUGGGAAUGAAAUCCUAUCAGGGGGCGGAGGACCUGGGGGAGCAGGCCAGGCCGUGCAUGGGCCUGUGAAGCUAGGGGGGACACCCCCUGCCGAUGGAAAACGCUUUGGUUGCCUGUGUGGGAAGCGGUUUGCGGUGAAGCCAAAGCGUGACCGGCACAUCAUGCUGACCUUCAGCCUUCGGCCUUUUGGCUGUGGCAUCUGCAACAAGCGCUUCAAGCUGAAGCACCAUCUGACAGAGCACAUGAAGACCCAUGCUGGAGCCUUGCAUGCGUGUCCCCACUGUGGCCGUCGGUUCCGAGUCCAUGCCUGUUUUCUCCGCCACCGAGACCUGUGCAAGGGCCAGGGUUGGGCCACUGCCCACUGGACUUACAAGUGACUGCCGAGGCUAUACACUAGCUUCUAGGACAAGAUAACCACUGCUGCCGAUGGAUACGUAUCCCUCACUACCAUGGCACACCAGUCAUGGAUCUUGUAAUCAAGCCAAGAGAACAGAUAUAUUAUGGCCCUUGUUGUUCUUAGAUAUGGGCCUUUCAGCCCGGCAGAUGUGGAAACUCAAAUUUCCCAUCUCGCCCUGGGUUUUGGUUAGGGAACCCUGCAGGAAAUUGGUUUAUAGGCCAUUCAUACUUAAGUCGAUCACUUGCCCUUAGUGGACCUUUUUGUAGUGGUGAUGUCCAUUAAGGAAACCAGAUUUUCAAUUAUUUAGUGAAAGAAGAGUUAGGGCAAAAGACAAUGGUAAGUGUUUUAUUCAGUCUCCAUGAGGAAUUAAAGGAGUUGGUCUUCACCUAGAGAUACAUUUGAUUCAGAGCUUGAGUAAUUCAGAGGCUAAGCUCUAAGCUUUUUUCCCCUUAUUGCUGGAAUGAUUUAAGCAGAGUUCCUUUUGUGUACUUUUAAAAUUGUAACUUUCGAGGAGCCCCUCACAUUGUACUGUGCUUUCUUAACAGUAGACACCUUCCCACCACUUUUUUAAUGUAGUAGUUGAGCACUUCAACAAGUUGAGCAUUCCAUGUUUCAUUCCUAGAACCUUCUUUAAUAGAGGGUAUUCCCUCAGCCUGUGCCUCUGGUCUACCUUUGACCACCACUGAUAACUCGUAUUUGUCACAGUGACUGAAAUGUGACUAGUGAACUCAGGAGAUGGCACGGUCCUAAAGUGCUCUCAGGGUGGCACCACUGCUUUCUGAACAAGUUACCUUGGUCAGAGGGACUCAGGUUUCAGACAGCACAAGCUGAAGGCUGGAGAGUAACUUGUAUAGUAAGACCAUACCCCUUCCUUUCCCAUCUCACCCGCAUAUGAUAGACAGCCCCUUCAUUGAGAGUUGGAGGGGUUAGAUAUUGGAAUGGGGGGUGGAACUUGCAGUUAAAGCUUUUGAAUAAACUGCGCCCCGAAACCUAAA